ACCGCGGUACUGCUGCUGGUGAGCUUUGCUCUCACUGUGGGCCCAGCCAGAGGUUUCUUUGGGGGGUCUAUGACUUUCACCCCUGGAAACAGGUAUCCAGAUGGAUUGGUGGAGAUGCACUUUUACUUCAGAGAGUCCAGCAGGGGUCUCUGUGUUACUCAUCUCGACUGGACCUGUGAGAACGCAACCUGUGGAGAAAUCAUCCAAACAGGACCUGAAGUGACAGAUGAAGAACACUUGGUUGAGAGUCUAUCGUGCCAGUCAGAGGUUCACAUGAUCGCCAAUGUCAGCAGUAAUGCUCCCCUCAUACUCAGUAACUCGGGUUGCUGCUGGGAAGAUAAUGUUCAUAGUGUCGGUGAAUGGUCACUACAAGCUCAUGUUGACACUGGACGACGGUCAGACACUCAAUCUCCAAACAGAUCCCCUGUUUCAGCAGCAAUACCCUUCAUGAGGAUUCCUCAGAAUUGUUUCCAGAGUCUGCACCUGCUGGCACACGACCCAGAUGGAGAUGUUGUGAGAUGCAAAUCCGACAUGAGCAGUCAUCACCCAAACGUACAUCUGGAUGAGGACUCAUGUACUCUUCACAGAACCGGUUCAUUGGAUGUGGGUCUGCAUGUGUUCGAGCUCAUGCUGGAGGAUUAUCCCGUUUCAGAAAUAACUGUGACCAACAGUGACGGAGUCUCUUCAGUCAAAGAUGCUUUUAAUCUGACUGUCAACUCCAACCCCACAGCGCUCAGUCAAGUGCCUCUACAGUUUGGAGUAGAAAUUCUCGCACCGGUUCAGAGUUGUGUGCCGGGUGUAGACAAGCCCAGUUUCCUGACACCAUCUUCUUUACAAGGAGAUGUACAUCACGCCGCUGUGGGACACGCUCACGAGAUCUUACUCCGAGCCAAAAGCUCAGGCAGCAGCAUCAUAGAUUUUCAGGUCAGCCGGCCCUUCAAUAUGUCUAAGACCCUGAGAGAUGAGGGACACGGAGUUACCGUGGCAACAUUGACCUGGACGCCGCAGGAGAGGGAUUUGCAUCGCCACGUACCUGUGUGUUUCACAGCGGAGACGCUUCACAGUCAGUCGGAGAUGAGAUGCAUCGUCGUGGUCGUGGCAAGAGCGAGGGUUCUGACAGGUGAAGCAGAAGUGAUCUGUGGCAGUGACCGUAUCAGCAUUGUCGUGAAUAAAGCCUCGAUGGAGGGAAUCGAUCAGAACUGGCUUCAGCUGAGAGAUCCCACCUGCUCUCUCUCGUCCAACGACACUCACAUCCUGGGUACGAUGUCACUCAACACCUGCGGCACUACCGUCGAGGACUCAGGAGACUUCAUGGUCUUCAAGAACGAGAUCGACUCCUUUGAGACACGCAAUGCCGUUAUCACCAGACGCAACCAAGUCAAGAUUGGCUUCUCCUGCCAAUAUCCCAAACUGGCCAGUGUCUCCAGCCACUACGUCAACCAUAAAUCUGACUACAUCUUCACCGAAUCCAGCUUCGGCACAUUCGGUUACUCGUUUGAAGUUUACACAGACAACAGCUUCAGUAGUCGAGUGGACCCCAACCUGUAUCCAGUGGAGGUUAAACUGAUGGAGACGCUAUACAUGGGCGUUGAAGCUCACUCCGCUCUCCCGAAGGUCAGACUCUUUAUCGAGUCGUGCAGGGCCACUCCAGAGGACAACCCGUAUAGUGCUGUCUAUUAUGACAUCAUCAAGGACGGGUGUAUUCUGGACGAAACAGUCAAGGUGUACCCAGGCGAUUCCAUGAAGUAUGAUUUUGAGAUCCAAGCUUUCAAGUUCACAGGACUGUUCGAUGAGGUGUACAUCAGCUGCUCUGUGAUUCUGUGCGCGGAAGGAAGCCCAAACUCCAGAUGUGCCCAGGGCUGUCUCAGCCAAUCCCUUGCCAGACGUAGACGAGAUUUGAACCAAGAAACAGCCAGACAUUACAUAAUUCAGGGUCCCCUGCGGGUGUCGAGAGAGACUCAGCACGCGGUGGAUGCCUCAGUUAAUGGAGGUGCUGUGCACAUCAGCACAAGCACCGGUGUCUUUGCGGGACUCUUCAUCAUCACCAUCAUUAUGCUGGUGGGGCUGUUGGUGUACAAGGCAAAAAAAUCACGAGGACUUGACCGUACACAUCUUUUGUCCAGUUUCUGAGAUCAUAUAGACUAGAUGCACAACCAAUAUCUACCCAAGUUAUAAAUGGAGUUUCUAGGCGUUCCUGUCUGCUGACAUAUCUUCAUAACUUAAAUAAACAGUUUUGUAAGGUAAAUAGAGCAACAAUGAUCUUUUGAAUGCCUGUUAUUGUUCUGUUGCUUUCAGUUUAGAGCCUUACUGUCUUUUUUUUCUUUGGCAUAACAUGCUUUAAUAAACAUAAGCCACCUUUUUUAGGUCAUGUAUUGUUGUGAAGGUUUUGUGAACUUUUGCAUGGAUGUUGAGAAUGAGCUGGCAUUUAUUAACUGUACUUCUAAACAGUUCUGGGACAAAAUACAAUCAGUAAAUUAUUAAUAAUCUAUGAGAAUAAGACAAAAAGUUACAACUAAAUGGGUGAUACCCUUACCUUUACUAUAUAGGAAAGAGAAAGAUUAAAAUAUCGACAUUAUUUGAUUUCAUCUUCUUUAAAGCACAUUCGUGUGCUGUCAUUGUUUAUUCAGAAGUUUACGGUACAUUAGACUUUAAAUGAAACUAAAUAAAGUGUCAAAAAAAAUACGUAAUAAGUCGUGUCUAUAUUAGGGCAUUUUCUGUAAACAAAUCUUUAUCAACUUAGCGGUUGAAAUGCUCCCAAUAAAGAUCUUGAGCACAGUCCACAGAAUCAUUCCUGUGCUAUUAUAUGUGAAGGUGUUUUGGAAAUAAUGAACUUCCUGGUGUAUGAAAUAAAGUGACAAAAAUGUGGGAUUGAGUUCAUAUCACUUGAGUUCAUUUUGCUUUUUCAGGCAAAUAAAAGAUUAUAUGAUUUA